GACACUAAUCAGAAAAUUUUAAUUUUGUUUACAUCUUUUGUUUGUUGUUUUUUGCAAACAUUUUUUACCACAAAUUUAACAAAUACCGAAAACAAUGGACGACUUGGCAAAAUUAAAAAAGAAAAUAACAAAUUCCUUUAAAAUAAGUGGAUUUCUAAUAAGAUCCGAGAAUAGUGUAUUCCUGGCGGAACAAUUGCUGCCAUUCGAAGAGGAUGAACGUGACAAAUGGUUGACGAUAAUCACUGAAAAUCUACAAAGCCAACGUUUAAAAUCUGCUCAUGUAGAGAGAGCAGCUUUGGAAAAAGCCAUCAAUGAAAUAAAUCGUGUAGGUCUGGAUGAAGGUGAAGCGGUAUUUUCAGUGAUAAAUGCAUUUGAUGUUCCCCGAUAUGUUUACAAUAAAAUGAACAAAAAAUUUGAACUGGAUCAGGGACAAAGAUGUAUUUUGGCAAAGCCUUCUUUAAAGUCUGGACAACUGAGACAGCGUUAUGAAAUGUUAUUGCAAAAAACUUUGAGACAUGAGUUGUUUGCACCAGCAGUUAUUGAAAAUGGAGUUACCUCAGAAUCGAGAGCAAAGAAAUUUAAACUGUUGUAUUGUGAAAACCUAUUAGCCAACUCUUCGGUUGAGGAGGCAGUCGUUUUAGGUUUGUUAACCCAAUUGAAGGAGGGAAAAUUCUAUAUAGAAGAUCCUACGGGUUGUGUCGAAUUGGAUUUAAGUGCGGCUAGAUUUCAUGCAGGCUUCUUCUGUGAGGGAUGCUUUGUUUUAGCUGAAGGUUGCUAUAAUGGAGGAGUUUUAAAAGUUGAUGGUUUGGGAUUUCCUCCUGCUGAACCUGCAGCCAGUAGUCGAGCUUUCUUUGGCACUCAAAAUAGUUGGGGAGGAGAAUCUACUAAAUUACUAAAAUACUCUACUCGGCUACAGGAAUUAGAGAGAACCAAUACAGAAGCUACUAUAGUUUUUCUCUCAGAUGUCCGAUUAGAUGUACCGGUAGUUAUGGAAAAACUACGUAUGUUAUUUGUGGGUUAUGACUCUUGCCCUCCAGUAGCUAUAGUGCUCAUGGGACCAUUUGCGGCCAGCGAAAGACAACAUCAUGCCUUAAAGCAACAUCUCAAUGCCUUGGGUGCCCUGGCAAAUGGCUGUGAACAACUUAAAAAACAAACCGAACUUAUACUCAUACCUUCUUGUGAGGAUCCUGCUGCGCCCAAUAUUUUUCCUCGUUCACCUAUACCAAAUACCUUAGCGGCCGGUUUGCUUAAGGUUUGGCCUCGCACACGUUUGGCGACCAAUCCGUGUCGUCUGCAAUAUUGCACACAACAAAUUGUCGUUUGUCGUCUCGAUUUGAUGGCGAAAUUUUGUCGUAAUACUUUACAUUUCCCCCCAGAUACGUCCAAGAUUGAACAACACUUUGCGCGUACCCUUAUAUGUCAGGGUCACUUAACACCAAUUCACCCUAUAGCCAUGCCAGUGCAUUGGGAUUAUGAUGCCGCAUUGUGGCUAUAUCCGUUGCCGGAUUUAAUAGUUAUUGGUGAUUCGUGUCAAAGUUUUUCGACAUCACAACACGGUUGUACGGUAUUGAAUACCGGUUCAUUUGUCAAAUCGAAAUUUGCCUUUAAAGUUUAUAUACCAUCGACAAAGACCAUUGAAGAUUCGGAAAUACCUGAUGAAAUGGAGGAAUAAUGUUUUAAGUUAUUGUUUGUUUAUUUUUAGUAUAAAUAAUGUUUUUAAAUUUUCAAAUAAAAAUAUUUUUAAA